AUGGAAAGCCCAGUGGACCUUUGUUUUACUGAAGAAGGAUGUAGCCAUGACAUAGUUCUUGAGAAACAAGUGUUUAGAUCCAAAGUGCCAGAGUCUCAUGUUCAACUUGCUUGUAAUCUACAUUACUGUGCUUUUCCUUUGAAUGGAAAUGAGCUAUGCAUCUGGAAUACUGGCGAUAGCCCUGCUCAUCAUCAGCCAUUGCACUUGGUAGGACACCACCAUUCAAUCACGGCACUGGCGUUUGGAAGUAAAAUCAAUCCCCUUCUUGUCUGCUCUGCUUCUUGUGACUAUGUGAUAGUAUGGAACCUGGAUGAGUGCACAAAGAAAGCACUACAAGAGAUUAAUGGAUUGUGUCCACAUAGUCAGUAUAUGGCUGCUUAUAUCAACGAUCUUGUCAUCUACAGCAGAACCUGGGACAACCACAUAAAUCACCUCACAGUAGUCCUACAGGCAGUCCAAGUGGCCAGGCUGACAGCUAACCUGGCUAAAGGUCAAUUAGCCAACUGGGAAGUGAACUACUGGAAUGAGGCUAUAUUAACUGAGUUGGAAGGCCAUCUGGCUCCAGUGACUGCAGCUGAGUUUUGCACCUGGGAGAGAAAUAUGCUUAUAUCAGUCUCUGAAGACAGAAGCUUUAAGGUUUGGGACUAUUGUACUGGAUUGCUAAUAUACCAAUCAGCAGUGUUAACAGCAUUUCCUUUGCUAAGUCUGUUCAUUGAUGAAGAAAAUAAACAGAUUAUUACAGGAUGUGCUGAUGGGCAGCUUUGGAUCUUCAGUUUGCUCAGUGGACAUCAGUACCGUUGUGUGGUACAUAUAAACUUAAAGAAAGAGCGAGAUAAAUUCUACAGCAAAACAGGAAAAUCUAGACAACAAUUAGAUCAAAUACAGAAGUUUUCUAAGCUGUACCUCACAAAUGACAGGAGACCAGAAGAAACAGUGGAAACAACAUUGCCAGUCCUCAGAAUUGAACACUGUGACCAAUCAAUAAAUUUAGGCAAAGAAGAAAACUUUUUUCCUGCUGUAAAUGCCAGAUGUUUGUGGAUAGGAAGCUCUACUGGUUUGUUCAUAAUUAACUUGGCAAACUUUGAAUUAGAAGCUGUUUUACAUUAUAAAGAUUACAGUGGCCUCACCAUUCAGUUUGCUGGAUCAUGCGCAUUAAUGAGGAAGGCAGUUAAUGGGAAGGUUUUCUGCUUGCUUACCUCGAUGUUUGAAAAUACGAUUGCUUUGCUGGAGAUUAACCUUGCUGCUUUGAUGAGAUCUCAGCAGAGUGAUUUUCUCUUAUGUGGAAAGGAGAAGAGGCUUUCAGUUAUUGCAAGUUGCUCUCUGUUGCCAAAUUCUCCAUUGUGUACUGAGUCUUUGAAGAAGGAAAGCUGCAAACCUACCAAUAAAAAAAAACUUGGUAUGAAGGGCACAAUGAAAGACCAGUCACUGGUUUUCCACAGUAAAAUUAAGUCAUCAGGCUACACAACAGCACCACAAAUGACCAUGUUUUCUCCAAAGACUAACUUGAAGAAAAAUAACAAGAUAUCAGAGUGGAAGAGCAGUUGCAAACGAAAAAAUAAAGAAUAUCUAUUGGAAAAUUCUCCUCCAACUAAAUCUGAGAGACAGAUAUCAGUAGCUAAUAAACCAACUUCUGUUUGCUGUAUUCAGUAUUCAGGGGAUGGAGAGCUGUUAGCUUGUGGCCUAGCUGACAAAUCUUUACUGGUAUUCAAUUCCAAUCUGACAGGAACACCGGCUGUUUUUUCAGGUCAUGAUGGUGCAAUUAACUCUGUUGGCUGGAGUCAUGACAAGAGGUGGUUAGUUUCUGCAUCAGAAGACAGAACAUUAAGGAUCUGGUCAGUCCGCAAUACAGAACCUGCCCUAUUUCUGGGCAAGGAGAUGUUCCAUAAAUCUAUACGCUUUGCACAGUUUUAUUACAUAGAUACAUUUAUAUUGCUGUGUUGUGGAGCUGAAUUUCAUCUGUUAAGUUACUAUCUUGACACGAGCAAGGAUGACCUAAAACGAUAUAAACAGAAGAGCAUUUGCAAAUCAGUACAGAAAUUCCCCAUGGCUUCUACUGUGGAGAUUACCAGCCUUUCAGCAAUAAAUGAUUUCCACUCUUAUAUUAUACUUGCAGCUGGUAGCAACCGAACAUUAGAAGUUUUUGACCUCAAUGCAGGCUGCAGUGCAGCAGUGAUACCAGAUGCUCAUUCUAGAUCAGUCCACCAGAUCUGUCAAAAUAAGGGAUCAGCUUUUAGCACUCAGCCACUUGAAGCUUACAAUCUUUUCAUGACCACAGCCACUGGUGAUGGCAUCAAACUGUGGGAUUUGAGAACACUGAGGUGUGAACGUCGAUUUGAAGGACAUAUUAACCGCUGCCACCCAUGUGGAAUAGCUGUCACUCCCUGUGGGCAAUUCAUAGCCUGUGGAUCAGAAGAUAAAAGCGCUUACAUAUAUGAGAUGCGUUCAAGCACCUUUUCCCAUAAAUUGGCAGGACACACGGAAUCAGUGAUCAACGUGGCUUUUAGUCCCUCGUCUCCACAGGAGGAGAAAUAA